UUGUGGGGCUGCACUGCUGAACAGGCUGCAUAGUCCACUCUGACAAGCCUACUGCCAAAAUGGACCAUGAGGUGCUGGGGAGUAUUGUCCUUCUAGCCAUAGUCAGCCUUAUCAGCGUUCUCCAAAAUGCCUUUUUUGCACACAAAGUGGAGCAUGAAAGCAAGAGCUACAAUGGCAAGAGUUUACAGCGGACUGGAUCUUCUGCCUUUGAACGCGUCUUCACUGCCAACCAAAACUGCAGAGAUGCAUACCCGACGUUUCUUGUUGUGCUUUGGUGUGCUGGACUGCUUUGUAGCCAAGCUGCUGCUGCCUUUGCUGGAUUGAUAUACCUGUUUGUGAGGCAAAAGUACUUUGUUGGCUACCUGGGAGAGAAGACACAAAGCACUCCUGGUUACAUAUUUGGAAAACGCAUCAUAUCAUUCCUGUUCCUUAUGUCUGUUGCUGGGAUCCUCAACUAUUACCUGGUCAUCGUCUUUGGAAGCGAUUUUGAAAUGCAUAUAAAAACCAUAACCAACACCAUCUCCCCACUGCUACUCAUACCUUAAUUCUUCUCAGUGGUAGUGGUGCAGUGUGCUUUACUGAUGAGUAGCCAAAAGCAGCUAUAUGUCAACUGUUGUAGAAAUAAACCUACACACCCUUUCAGACUGCUGUAAAUCUAAGGCUUUAAUGGGCUUUGUCAUUUUAUUUAACCUUUUUUCUACAGUGAAAUGAUUUAUUGUGAACAGUGUGCCCUAGGAAGGGUAAUAACUUCCAGAUCAUUCUUCAGAUUAAAUAAGUGGAAAAAUCCCAUCCCCCAAACCAUUUCAGGCAGAACAAAACAUUCCAUUCUGAUUUCAAGCACAUUUUAACAGUUUUAAUCUAAAAAAAAUAAACUAAAAUAAAAUUGAAGACAAUCCCAAAAAGAAAAAUCAUUUUGAAAGGCAAAUUCAAACUGUUUCCUUUCAAAACUACUGAAACAAAACUCAUCGACAUUUUUGGAUAUUUUUUUAUACAAAGCAACUGGGGAAACUGAAAUGAAUUUGCAGUAUGUUCUGGUGUCUCUGAAUCUUCAUUUUUCAGCCAAAAACCAUUUUGGGUGAAUUUCAUUCAGCUUUCAAACCCAGAGCUCAGUCUUGCGACGCUCACAGAUACACAAUGUUCAUUGCAGUCAGUGGGAACCAUACCCCCAGUAGUGCACCACAGCAGAUUGAGAUUGAUUAUUAUUUACACAAAGUAAGUUGCCAGAGCAGGGUAAAUUGCCAGAGGAGUGUAAAGGUGCCUUAGUGGAAAUGAGACUCCAUUAUCUCUGAGGUUGUUUUUGUUUUGGUUUUAAUAAAGCAAUCUAAAAAGAU